AUGUAUAUAAAUCUUCAGCAGGCCGUAUACUGUUUCUCACAAGUGGCGUAUGAUAUUUAUUCUGUUCUAUGCGAAUUUUCCUUCGGCGAUGGAAAAGGCAGAGUGCUUCCGUUACCCUUAAGCCUCGCUUUCAUCACGCUUUCAUCACGCUUUCAUCAUCUCAAAAUGACAGAACCGAUCGCGGAACCCACAUACGCGACCUAUGUGGGCGGCGAAGUGCAACAUGAAUCCGACCAUAUCGACAGUACCCACAACUCGACCCAGUUCUCUAAUCACGCUCAGGUCCCAGACCUAUCGGAUGUCGGUGACAAUCCCAAGUGGAUUUACAUCGAGACUCGGAGGCCUCCUUCCGAUGUGAACUUGGACGUUCUGUUUGCGCCCAUGCGAAUGGGGUUCAACUACAAGAUCGAGAUGCUCUAUCAGUGUGCUCUUGGCCACCUUGUCACUGGGUUUCCCGGCACGUUGCAAAAAUGGGACAAGCGUAAUUCUCAGCGAACCUUCCGGCUUCAUGGGAGCGCAGGAGAGGACCUGAAGAUCUUGUACUACCUCAUUCACUGUGAUGCUUGGUGGAUACUCCCCGCGACAGCUUAUCAUUUCCUCACAUUCGACCGUCUCAAAAACAUUCUUGCGGCUCCGAUUUGGGCAUAUUUCAAGAAGGAGCACCAGGACAAGUUGCUUUUGGGCUAUGUCGAACAGCUCACAGCUCACAGGAGAAUAUCCCAAUUUAUUCCUGGUAUUCCUGUGAGGGGAUGCAGCAACUAUUGGGGGUGUACAAAGGUGGCAAAGAAGUGGUUUGCCUCAAUGGCGAGGGAGCGCCAGAAUGACCCACUUGCGAUGCCCUCGAAUUAUCGUGAAAGCAUCAAGCAAAUUUACCCCGAAUGCCGACACCAAUGUCGAAAGAGACACGAGGCUGCACGCGAGGCGUUUUGGGAACGAUUACCGGGCCUUUUGUUUGAUGGGAUAGGGCGAGACACACUGAGGGAGAAGAAACAUGCAGCGAAAUAG